AUGCAAAUGUUACAUGAAAAAGGAUUAUUAUAUGUAAAUUUGACUUGCAAAAAAUCUGAAUUAUGCGUCUCAAAUUCAUGUGAGCAAACGAAAAAACUGGCUACAACUAUCACUAAAGCAAUUGAUAAUAAUAAGAAAGGAGUUAAUGGUAAACGAAGAAUUCUUUCAAUAAUUGCUGAGGAUUAUAGUUUAGAACAAUUGAAAAUACUAAAUGUAAGUAUACAGAUUGCUAAAAUAAUCUCUGCUCCAUUAGAAAAACCUGAACCAGAAUUUGAUACUCAUACAACGCCAAAAGCUCAAUGGUCUAUACCAGUGCCAAAUAUUUUAGGUAUCAAACCUAAUCGAUUACGUAUUACUCAACUUCAUGACGAACUAAAUAGAUAUAAAGCAUUACGUGAAAAACAAAAGUUUGGUAAAAAAGGUGGUGAUAAAAGAAUUCUAAAGGAAGUUGUUGAGUUAUUGAAAGGUUAUUUCCAUAGCGGAAAUACACCUGGUAAGUCACAUUUAUCAGCUGAAGAUAUGAUGAAAGAAUUACAUAUGGCUGCAGAAAUGGGAUAUUUGGCAAAAGAAAAAAUACCACAGAAAGUUGAUACAAUUAGAGGGUGGAUCUCAAGAUAUUCAGCGCAUAUAAAGGCGGAAGCAGCAAAAAAAGCAUUAACUACCAGUG